AUGCAUGUCGGAGAUCCAGGUACAGUGUCCAAGGCAGCAAGCAAACAAAUUCCUCCAUCUGCAUACUCUAUUCUGUCAGAACAAAAAGAAGUAAAGGUGGGAGAAUACAAUGCUGUGGAUGACACAUUGGUAAUAAUCAACAACAGCAUCAGGUUCCAAGGAGUCGAGCCUCCGAAGGACAAAACAAUUAUACAAGAGGAGCUGCGCAAAAUCUCCCUGCCUCUCUACAGCAUCCUCUCUGCCCUCACAAUCCUAGGAAUGAUCAUGGCCAGUGCUUUCUUGUUCUUUAACAUCAAAAACAGAAAUCAGAAACUAAUAAAGAUGUCCAGUCCCUACAUGAACAACCUUAUUAUCCUUGGAGGGAUGCUUUCUUAUGCAUCUAUUUUUCUUUUUGGUCUUGAUGGAUCCUUCGUCUCCGAAAAGACAUUUGAGACACUUUGCACAGUCCGAACAUGGAUUCUUACAGUGGGAUACACGACUGCAUUUGGAGCAAUGUUUGCAAAAACGUGGAGAGUCCAUGCAAUUUUCAAAAACGUAAAAAUGAAGAAAAAGAUCAUUAAAGACCAGAAGCUACUGGGGAUAGUUGGAGGGAUGCUACUGAUUGAUCUUUGCAUCCUGAUUUGCUGGCAGGUUGUGGAUCCUUUGAGGAGGACAGUGGAAAAGUAUAACAUGGAGCCGGACCCUGCGGGCAGAGAUAUCUCCAUCCGACCAAUCCUGGAGCACUGCGAAAACACCCACAUGACCAUUUGGCUUGGGAUUGUCUAUGCUUACAAAGGGCUGCUGAUGCUAUUUGGAUGUUUCCUCGCCUGGGAGACACGAAAUGUCAGCAUUCCUGCUUUGAAUGACAGCAAGUACAUCGGAAUGAGCGUGUACAACGUGGGGAUAAUGUGCAUUAUCGGUGCUGCUGUUUCAUUCCUUACUCGGGACCAGCCCAAUGUGCAGUUCUGCAUCGUUGCUUUAGUCAUUAUAUUCUGCAGCACCAUCACUCUCUGCCUUGUGUUUGUACCUAAGCUCAUCACACUGCGAACAAAUCCAGAUGCAGCCACACAGAACAGACGUUUUCAGUUCACUCAAAAUCAAAAGAAAGAAGAUUCAAAAACAUCGACAUCAGUCACCAGCGUCAAUCAGGCCAGCACAUCUCGACUAGAAGGAUUGCAGUCAGAGAACCACCGCUUGAGAAUGAAAAUCACUGAGCUGGACAAAGACUUGGAAGAGGUCACAAUGCAACUUCAGGACACUCCUGAGAAAACAACAUACAUUAAGCAAAACCACUAUCAGGACCUUAAUGACAUUCUUAGUAUACGGAACUUCACAGACGGCAAAGAUGGUGAGAAAGCCAUUUUGAAAAAUCAUCUUGAUCAAAAUCCACCAGCACAGUGGGGUUCAUCAGACCCUUCCAGAACAAGCAAAGAUGCCAUAGAAGACAUCAACUCUCCAGAACACAUACAGCGCCGGCUGUCCUUGCAGCUGCCCAUCCUUCAUCACGCCUACCUGCCGUCCAUAGGAGGAGUGGAUGCCAGCUGUGCCAGCCCGUGCGUAAGCCCCAGUGCCAGUCCUCGGCACAGACACGUGCCACCCUCCUUCCGAGUGAUGGUUUCAGGGCUGUAGGAGGGCGAGAUCAGUGCUUCCUGAACUGCUUUUGAGUACUCAAAGACUGGACUAAACAUCUGACCUAGAACUCUUCUACAAACAUGUAACAUUGGCUCUUACCGCAGAGGAACUUCUGCUAAGGCCCUCGUCACAGGAGCGCCCACGUAACUCGUGUGACAAAGCAAAGGAGGACACAAAGAGUUUGAUCUGUAGCCUUAUUCAUGGAGUUUUUAUUUCUUCACCUAGAAGUCACUGGAAAAUGUUUCUUCCAAAAUUUCUACUAGCAACAAGGAUGCUGGGAUAUAUGGAUGUUGCAAAAAAGACACUAGGGAAAAAAAAAACAAAACAAAACAUAAAACCACUCAAAUGUCACUGAGCUUUACGUGGCUGCUGAGAACAUGCAAUUCUAUACUGUAUCCAUGUAAGGAAAAUGUAGUGGUCGAGCUAUGCCAUGUUGGAAUAGAUACAUUCAUUUUUACAGGAGUUGUGUUAAAUUGCUGGAAACAUUCCGCACUGGUUAGUCUUGCUUUUUUUCAUUUCAGGGAUGAUGUUUAGCUGGAAAGAAGAGUUGUGAGAAAUGAUUCCUCGGGUGUCAUUGAGACUCUGCAGUGCUGUGAGCAGGGUCACCUUUACCUUGCAGCUGUAUGCGUAACCCAAGCAGAGCCUGAAGCUCCAGCUCUGAGUUGCCACCAGCUGGAGAGCUGCUGAUUGCAAGCAGAGCACUUCACACUUCUCCAGGGCAAUGAUAGUGACUGCUGACCAUCUGCAGCUUCAUUUUUAGCAAAGUUUCUGCACCUAUUUCAGGAUAAACACCACCAACCAUAACACACUAAACUGUCUGAAAAAGUCCUAGGGCUGAUAACUCAGGAAACUGAGGACAGAUGGGUAGUAAAGUCUUAAUGCCACAGGAUGAAUUGUUUUUCCUAGUUUGUUUGAAUUGUGUCACACAUAAUUACAAUAAAAUUAAUUGAGUGGACUUGGGGGGGAGGGAUUAGGGCACAGCACUUUGCUGCUGCAGGCAAAGCCUGCAGUGCACAUAGAUGUGAAUAUACACUCUGUUUGCUUCGUACCUGCGUACGUGUGACAGUUGUAGUGGAUAGGAGAGGACAAAUCAAAUCUACCAAUAGAAUAUUUUACCUGACUCCUGAAAGGACUGUGAAAAAACAGUGGAGUUUAUACUUUAGCUCCUUUCCCUGAACCAAAGUAAUUAGGAGGAAUGAUAGUGGUGCACUCUCUGGACCAACUCUGGAGCCAAACCCUCAGGCACAGGUGAGACACACAUGCAGCUUCUUUUUCCAAGGGACUGGAAAUGUAUCCUCCCACCGCCAGGGCUGUUUGCUAAAAGUAGGGGGGAAAAAAACCCACAUGAAGCACCCUCUGGGCUGUCAGUUUUCUUUAAUCAACACUUGUGCCCCUCCGACCAAACCUUUGGAAUGACAUUCGUACAUAGGUUUACAAAUCAGCAAUGACUGAAGCACAGCUGAAGGGGUUCCUUAGCUGAGGGAUUUAACUGCAGCUUUGACAAGCUAGCAUAAAUCUCCAUUAAAAAUAAAACACACCUCAUAGUGGCCAAACCCAACAUGAAUAUGUAUCUGAAUCUUACAAUCAGGAGCAUCACAAAAUAUUUCACUUGGCACAUACAGUAAGAGAGGUUGUGGAAAUAUCUGUAGCUUUUAGAACAAAAAAACAUGUAAGUAUAAACACAGAUAAACUAGAACUCAUUACUCUGUUUAAGCACUAAACACUGACGUCGUCACUCAAUGUGUGUUGACAGUAUUCUCUUGCUUUAUUAAUAUCAUCAGGGCCUGGUUUAUUUUAAAAGGAAUGUUAAUUUUUAAAAAGAGAAAAUUAUGAUAUUGUAUAUAAUGUAUACACAAAGAUCUCUGUAGAAAUAUUAUUCCAACUUAGCAGGAAAACAAAAAUAAUUCAGAAGUAUCGGACCAUUGGAGGUGAGUGUGUGUGUGUGUGUGUGCGUGUGUGUGUCUGUAACUUCGUGAAUACUGACUGUGUGACGUUUAUUAGGUUUAAACCAUGCAGUACAUUCUUUGUCUCAAUGAUAUGGUAGAUUCUCCCAUAAUAUUUUUUUUUACUUUACUGCAGAUAACAAGACCAACCAAGUGAAUAUAGCUAUUUAAUGUUUCUGUUCUUUUAUACUGCAGCAAAAAUGUACUGUAAAUUUAUGAAGAGGCUGUGCCCCAAUGGCAUUUUCCAAUGAUGUUAGUGCACAAAUGCUUUAAACUAGA